ACAGCUACCACACAGAUCCCUCUGAUCAGCCCCAGAAGGCAAACCCCCGAGCAUCCGAGGUAGAUGAAAGCAAGGAGAAGCAACACAGCCUCAGCCAUGUCCACAUCCCUGAGAGUGAGCCCCUCGGUCCAUGGCUACCGCUUCGACACAGCCCUGCGCAAGAAAGCUGUGGCCAAUAUCUUUGAGAGCAUCGAUGAAGAGUCACUCCAGAAACUCUUCAAACACUCUGGAGACAAGAAGGCAGAGGAAAGAGCCAAGAUCAUCCUCGCCACCGACCAGGACGUGGAGGAGAAAACAAGAGCACUAAUGGCACUAAAGCAGAGGCGAAAAGACAAGCUCCUCCAGUUCCUGAAAUUUCGGAAAUACUCCAUCAAAGUCCACUGAGCUGACGAAGGGAACGGCAAUGGAGGAGAACGUUUCGGGACGAGACUGAUCGCCACCUCCUGCCGCAGGCGGCACGCUGUGCUGCCCUGUGAGCUCCCCGGCAGGACGCACGGUGCUGGGAGACGGCCGACGGGACCGGGACUGCCCGCGGCAGCGCCGCAGCCUGAGGCCAGUGCCCGGAGGGGGGACAGCGCACCCCAGCCAGCCCGCGGCACCGCGCGGCGGGUGCUGCUCACGGACUGAGCGUUUACUGACUUCAUGUGUUUGCUUUGCCUUCCUGAACUUGUUACCUAAAGUUUGAAACCUUUCUAAGCCUCGCUGUUGUCUGCUAGAAUGGAGAGCCUAGAGGUUGAUCAGCUACUGAUCAUUUAUCAUUCUGCAUUUGUUAAAAUGCUUUGAAGUGCACCGUAUGGGUGCAAUAAGUUCAGCCUUCAGGGAAUGCAUUUGCUCUAGAGACACUACGCGACUGUACCUUUUCUUUCUCAUGCAGUAUGCGUGCAUUAUAAAUUGUUGCACAAAAGCAAUAAUAAUGACAUAUUUCCCUGAAUUUACUGUGAAGUUCCUUAAUAUUUUGCUCACUUCCCAUUAACACUGAAUUUCUAAACAUCAUAAUUACCGUUCUUAUUUGUAUAAAUUACAAUAGAUAUUAGACAAGUACUUCAUGGUAAUAUUUUAUGACAAUGCUAUCAUUAUAUUGACUAUAAUUUAUUGCAUAUGGCAAUCUGAAAUUUAAUAAAUUAUACCGUAAAUAUAA